AUGACCCAGUACAGACAAGGACAGAUUGUCCGUUUCCGUCCUGUUGCUGCGAGAACCCCCCAGGGCCAUGGGGAAGAGGAUAUAGGUACCAUCACCCAGGUUCUGGUCCAGACUGGGAAUGCGCAAAAUCGGAAUACCGACGUCACUGAAGAUGAUCCUCGGUAUGAGAUCCAAAAUCGGCGGGGGAAGAAGUCGGUAAUCAUGGAGAUGGAUAUCGUGGGCGAGGAAAAGUAG